AUGCGGCGUUCCCUCGGCGUCCUCGCCGAGGCGUACUCCAAGUGGGAGCGUCGCGCUCCGCUGACUCCCUCCCACGUCUCGCGGCUCGUCAACUCGGGCGUCGAGGUGCUCGUGCAGCCGUCGUCGAAGCGCGUUUUCACCGAUCGCGAGUUUGCGGCGGCAGGCGCGACCAUCACGCGUGACCUUUCGGGCGCCAACACCAUCAUGGGCGUCAAGCAGCCGCUCAACGGCUCGCUCCUCCCCGGGAAGAACUACCUCUUCUUCAGCCACGUCAUCAAGGCCCAGCCCGAGAACAUGCCGCUUCUUGACGAGGUCCUCGAGAAGAAGGUGCGGCUCAUCGACUACGAGUGCAUCCGCGAGGGCGGAGGCGGGACGACGCCUCGGCUGGUUGCCUUUGGCGAGUUCGCCGGCAUGUCGGGCAUGGUCAACGGCCUGCGCGGGCUCGGCCUCCGCCUCCUCUCGCUUGGCCACUCGACUCCGUUUCUCUCCAUCGGCCCGACGCACGCGUACACAGACUACUCCACGGACGCGCGGCGGGCGCUGCGCGCGGCGGGCGAGCAGGUAGCUCGCGCCGGCCUGCCCGCGGAGUACUCCCCGCUCGUCGUCUGCGUCGCCGGCACAGGCAACGUCUCUCGCGGGGCACUCGACGCGCUCGACUCGCUCGGCGAGGUCGUGGAGAGGGUGGCUCCGUCGGAGCUGGCCCGCCUCUCGGCGCUGGCGGGGACGGCCGGCGAGCACCAGCACAAGGUGUACGUCUGCGUCACUGGCGCGCAGGACUUCGUCCGCCCCGCCCGGCCCGGCGCCGCCUUCGACCGCGCCGAGUAUUACGCGAGCCCGACCUGCUACGUGCCGUGCUUCCACGAGACCAUCGCGCCGCACGUCAGCCUGCUCGUGCCGACCAUGUACUGGGACCGCCGCUUCCCGCGCCUCCUCUCGACGGACCAGCUGCAGAGCCUGCGCGCCUCAGGCAACAAGCGCCUGCUUGCGGUCGCGGAUCUCACCUGCGACGUCGACGGCGCCGUCGAGCCGCUCGUCCGCUCGACCACCAUCGACGAGCCCUUCUUCCACGUCCGACGCGUCCACGACACGUCCGCCGCACGUCCCUCAGGCGUCGACAUCCUGCCCGCCGAGCUGCCGCGCGAGGCUAGCGCCCACUUUGCACAGGCGCGCUCCCCCCGUCCCUCGACGCGGCCGCCACACAGCGAGGGGCACACAGCGAGGCGCGCUCCGCUCUCCGCCGAGCUCUCCGCCGCGACCAUCGCCGAGGCCGGCGCGCUCGCACCGGCGUACGGGUACAUUGGCGCGCUGCGCGAGGCGCGCGAGCGCGACGAGGAGUCGCAGCGGGCCCUCUCUGGUCGCGACGCGGCCCUCCGGCAUCACUUGUCUGAGGCGGAGGCGCGCGCGCUAGGCCACCUCUUCGACUCGGGGCUCAUCAACGCGGCGCUCGACGUCGUGACCGUCCGGCCGAACGAGUCCACCGGCCGCGAGCCCGCCUCGAGCCUCCGCCAAAAGUCGUCUGCGCUGAUGCAGCUCACGCUCGACGCCGGCCGCGCGCCGCUCGACGCGGUCCUCUCGCAGCUGCAGGCGCUGGCGGCGCGGAUGCCACUCGCCGAAGCGUCCGUCGUCGAGCUGCCCGAGCAUUGCGGCGGCGUGUACGACCGCACCAUCCCCGGAUCGGCGGGCGGUGGCGCCGCCGCCCUCGCCGCCUCGGCGGCUGCGGCGCCGGCGCCGGGCGGCAGUCGGAUUGUCGUGUUGGGCGCCGGGCUGUGCGCGCUGCCGGCGAUCGAGCUGCUCUCGCGCCGCUCGGCGGACGUCGUCACGGUCAUCAGCGCGGUGGAGGGAGAGGCGUCCCGCGCGUGCGCUGCCCUGGGGCGCCCAAACCUUCAGCCGCUCACCGUCGACGCUCGGCCGACCAACGCUUCGGGGUGGGGGGCGCUGUGCGGUCUGCUGGGCCAGGCGGACGCGUGUCUCUCUCUGCUGCCGGCCACGAUGCACGCUCCGGUGGCGGAGGCGUGCAUCGAGGGCGGCACUCCCCUCGCGAGCUACGUCUCCGAGGAGCUGCUCGCGCUGCACGAGCGCGCCGUCGCGGCGGGCGUGCCCCUCCUGGGCGAGAUGGGGCUCGACCCGGGCGCGAGAUUACCCGAGAUUACCCGAGAUUACCCGAGAUGGGGCUCGACCCGGGCGCGGGCCCCACGCUUGGACCACAUGUCGGCGGCCGAGCUCAUCCGGCGCGUGCGCGAGGAGGGGGGCGCCGUCACCGCCUUCUCUUCCCUGUGCGGCGGCCUCCCCGCGCCCGAGUGCGCCUCCUCCACCCCGCUCGCGUACAAGUUCUCCUGGUCGCCGGCCGGCGUCAUCUCGGCGACGCGCAACCCGGCGCAGUUCACCGUGGACGGGGCGGUCGUGCGUGUCGCCGGCGAGGAGCUGCUUCGCUCCGCGACGCCGCUCGCGGACAGCUCGCGCCUCGGCCGCACGCUGCGCCUCGAGGUGCUGCCCAACCGCGACUCGCUCCCGUACGCGGAGCUGUACGGCAUCGAGGCGGAGGCGCACUCCGUCUUCCGCGGCACGCUCCGCUACGCAGGCUGGUCGGGCCUCUUCGCCGAGUUUGCCGAUCUCGGCCUG